CGGAUUUUUAUUAAAAUGAUUAAAUGACAUAUGUCAAGGUUUGUGUUGAUAUUUUUAAAAGUUAAAGUUUUUAACAUUUUUUAUAACAAAGUUUACUCUUACUCAUAUAUUUUAAUGAUCGUGUACCUAUUUUAUAAAAAUAAGAAUAUAUAAUGGCUUUGUCUACACCGGGAAGUUCAAGACGUAAAUUACCAACUGGAACAUUUGACAAAACUCCAAAAUCUCUAAACUUUACACCUAAAAGCAAUUAUGCGACUCCCAAAAUUAAAAAGGUUGAAACUCCGGCAUCAACUCCAGAGUGUUUUAGUAGUGUGCAAGUUGAAACCCCCGUGAUAAAAAAACGAAGCAGCAAAGAAAAAUUUGAUGAAAUUAGUAACUUAACAGUGGCAGUUAGGAUUCGGCCUAUGAAUUCUAAAGAGUUACUUUGUGUUGGAGCUGCAGAUGUAGUUCGUGUACGUGAUAAAGAUUUAAUAAUAAGAUCCCAAUCUACAGGUAACAGUAAUAUGAGUACUGACCACAUUUUUCAAUAUGAUCACAUAUUUUGGUCUUGUGAUGAGAAUGAUCCACUGUACACUUCACAAGAAGAGGUAUUUUUUACUCUGGGAAAACCUUUACUUAAUAGUGCUUUCAAGGGUUAUAAUGGAUGUCUAUUUGCUUACGGACAAACUGGAUCUGGCAAAAGUUAUAGUAUGAUGGGAAAGAACAUGUGUGAGACUGUAGAUAUUGAUUGCGAAACAUUUUCAGGAAUUACACCAAGAUUUUGUAGAGAUAUAUUUGAGCGUAUAUCGAAAUUAGACAAAGAUUGUAUAUGUACUGUUGAAGUUAGUUAUUUUGAAAUAUACAAUGAGAAAAUCCAUGAUUUACUCUCUAGCUCAAUUAAUACUAAUAGAACUCCAUUAAAAGUUAGGGAACACCCAGAAUGUGGGCCUUAUGUAGUAGAUUUGAGUGUUGAGGUUGUGAAAUCCUACAAAGAAUUGAGGAAAUGGUUACUAAUUGGCAAUAAAAACAGAGUUACUGCUGCGACAAAUAUGAAUGAGAAGUCUUCCAGAUCACACAGUAUUUUUUCAAUAGAACUUUGUCUUUCUGAUGAAAAAAAUGGAGAAAGUGCUAGCAGGAAGAGUAAGAUUAGUUUAGUGGACCUUGCUGGUAGUGAACGUUUAGGAAAUUCACACAAUACUGAAGAAAAAAUAAGGGAGGGAGUGUGUAUUAAUAAAUCCUUAUUAACUUUAGGGAAAGUUAUAUCCGCUUUAGCUGACCAGAAGAAAAACCAAUUUGUUCCUUAUAGAGAUUCUGUUUUGACAUGGCUUCUUAGAGAAAGCCUUGGGGGCAACUCAUUAACUUCCAUGUUAGCGACAAUUACACCAGCUAACACCCAUUUAGAUGAAACAAUAGCAACUUUAAGAUAUGCUUGUCAGGCUAGAUCAAUAGUAAAUAGAGCAAGGAUCAACGAAAAUCCUCAUGAUCGUUUAAUACGAGAACUGCGUUCAGAAGUAGAAAGACUGAGGGCUUUACGACAAGAUUUUGAACGUAGCUCAUUAUCAACCUCAUCUUUAACCUCUUGCAAUGAAAGUCAUGAUGAAGAGUUAGAAGGUCUGAGGAAUAAGUUAAAAGAAACAGAAGGACGAUUAGGGGAGGCUCAAAAGAGUUGGGAACAAAGAUUCCUGGAAACAAAGAAAAGUCAGUUAAAGGAAUUAGCAGAAGCAGAAAAGUACAAAGCUGAAUUAGAAUCCAAAGUUAGAAUUAUGAAGACCUUAGAUAGCAACGUUAAGUUGUCUCCAUAUAGAAGUAAUUUUCUUAAAGAAUUAGAAGGUGUACUUACCAAGGAAAAUGAUCAGUUGUUUAAUAAUGAUUUAAUAGACAGUUUGAAAAAUUGGUGCUGCAAAAAUGGUCUAACUUGUACUUUUACUUCUGAAAGUCUUGUCAUAAAAGACCCAGUAGAACAUAAACAGACAUCCGUUUUGCUUAGUUCUGUUAAUUUGAAAGGCUUUGAAAAUAUUAGUGACUUUGUAAAUAGUUUAACUUGGACUGAAAGUAAAAAUCUUGCCAAAAAAAUAACCAAAACGGAAAUCAUGUCUUCAAUGAAUAAUAUAUAUCAAUCUUUAGCUUCUUUGCAACCUGCAGAAGAUGAAACUAAUUUAUGUUUAUUGUUUGCAAAAGUUAAUAAAACCCUACAAAGUUUCGAAGCAGCGCUUUUAAGCAAUGCUAAGAACAACAAUAGCCAAAAAGUUGUAACAUUUAGCUCAAAUGUUUUCAAGUGAUAGUUUAUCCGAUUAUUAUAGUAAAAAUUACUAUUUAGUGACUUAUUAGUAUUGCUAUUAAUUUAUUAUUUCUCAAGUGUGAACUGCUUUGUUUGUUUGACUAAUAUGUAUUAUUAUGUGUUUAUACUAUUUUAUACAAUAAAGUUUUAUAUUGAGUUCUUAUUAUUCAUUUGUUUAAC